AUACUUGGAUAGCUAACAUACGAUUUGCGAAAAAAAGGGAAAGACGAAAAUUAUUCAAAACCAAGCAGCUCUUCAACGAAAUAAUUCAUUUUACUUUUGAUCGUCAGUGAAUUCAGAUCUCUUCUCAAAAUAGAUAAGCUGAUAAUAAAUUUAAAAUAAAAUAAAUUAAAAAAGUGAAAUAAAUUUUUAUUGAUUAAGUUGGUGGAGAAAAAACACAAAAAAUCAGAUUAAUAAGCUACAAAAAGCUAGAAAUCAAAUUCAUUAAUUAUCAGUCGUUACUGAAAAACCGUUCACAACAGACGAAUACGUUUGUAAAGCCACACGUGUCCGGUGAUUGUUAAACAUUCCGAAUUCUCAGAAGCAAAAAUUUCGCAAUCGAAAGAAAUCACGACGAAAGAAUCAAGAGAAUACAGAGAUGCCAGCCCGAUUCGAGGAGUCAAUGUCUGACACAAGACGUAGCGUUCCUUCAUCCAUGAUGGACCUUAACAUGAGUGAACGACGCUACUUACAUCAACAGCAAAUGAUACUAGAUGACAUCUGCAUCACUGGAUUUUCUGGACGACUCCCUGAAAGCUCAAGCAUUGAUGAAUUUAAAAAGAAUUUGUUUGAUGGUGUUGAUAUGGUAAAUGAUGAUCCGAGACGAUGGGCAGCUGGAUUACAUGACCUUCCAACACGAACAGGAAAGAUUAAAACUGAUGAUUUACAGAAUUUGGAUGCACAAUUUUUCAAGCUUCAUCAGAAACAAGCUGAAUGUAUGGAUCCACAAUUAAGAAUGCUCCUUGAAUGCACAUAUGAAGCAAUUAUUGAUGCUGGAAUUAAUCCUCAAGAUAUUCGUGGUUCUAGAACUGGUGUUUAUGUUGGAGUUUCAAAUUCGGAUAGUGAAGAAUUUUGGUGCCGUGAUCCAGACGUUGUUAAUGGCUAUGGAUUGACUGGAUGUGCUCGUGCUAUGUUCGCCAAUCGAAUCUCUUUUACUUUUGACUUCAAGGGACCUAGUUAUGCGGUUGACACAGCUUGUUCAAGCUCAUUGUUUGCAAUGGACCAUGCUUUUCGAGAUAUAAGAUCUGGUCGAUGUGAUGCUGCUAUUGUUGCUGGUGUUGGACUUAUUUUCAAACCUACUAUGUCACUUCAGUUCAAGCGACUCAAUAUGUUGAGUCCUGAUGGUGCAUGCAAAGCCUUUGAUGAAUCUGGUAAUGGAUAUGUUCGAGCUGAUGGAUGUGUUGUAACAUUCCUUCAAAAAUCAAACGACUCAAGACGUAUUUAUGCAACAAUUCUCAAUGUUCGUACCAAUACAGAUGGAGCAAAGGAUCAAGGAAUUACAUUCCCAAAUGGACAAAUGCAAAAUCGUCUUAUUCGUGAGACUUACGAGGAAAUUGGACUAGAUCCAAAAGACGUUACUUAUGUAGAAGCUCAUGGAACUGGUACUAAAGUUGGUGAUCCUCAGGAAGUUAAUUCCAUCUGUGACUUCUUCUGCAAGGAUCGUGAAACUCCAUUGUUGAUUGGAUCUGUAAAAUCUAAUAUGGGACAUUCCGAACCAGCAUCUGGAGUUUGUUCUAUUGCCAAAAUUUUGAUUGCCAUGGAAGCAGGUGUCAUUCCUGGAAAUUUGCAUUUCAAGAGUCCAAAUCCUGAUCUUUAUGGAAUUAUGGAUGGAAGAAUGAAGGUUGUUGAUAGAAAUAUGGAAUGGACUGGUGGAAUUAUUGGCUUGAAUUCUUUUGGAUUCGGUGGUGCAAAUGCUCACGUCAUCUUGAAAUCGAAUCCAAAGCCUAAAUCUAUUGGAACUAUUGGAGAAAUUCCAAGACUUGUUGCAUGUUCAGGACGUACAGAAGAAGCUGUAGAAACACUUUUAAAAGAAAUUGAAGGCAAUAGAAAUGAUGAGGAAUUUUUAGGUCUCAUUAAUGAGAUUCAUGCUAAGAACAUUCCACUUCAUUACUACCGUGGAUAUACAGUUAUGCAAUCUGAUGGAACAAAUCAACGUGAAGUAACUGAAUAUCGUGAUGAGAAACGACCAAUUUGGUAUAUUUAUUCUGGAAUGGGAAGUCAAUGGGCAAGUAUGGCUAAAGAGAUGAUGAAUGUUGAUGCUUUCAGACAAGCUAUAAAUAAAUGUGCUGAUGUAUUAAAGCCUGAAGGUGUUGACUUGAUUGAUAUUCUUACAAGAUCUGAUGAAUCCAAAUUUGACAAUAUUUUGAACUCAUUCGUCUCAAUCGCUGCUGUUCAAGUCGCUUUAACUGAUGUUCUUACAUCUGUUGGAAUCUCACCUGAUGGCAUGGUUGGUCAUUCCGUUGGUGAACUUGGAUGUGCAUAUGCUGAUGGCUGUUUCACAGCUGAGCAAACAGUUUUAGCUGCAUACUGGAGAGGUCGAUCAAUUCUCGAUACAGAUUUAAUUUCUGGUCAAAUGGCAGCUGUAGGAUUAAGCUGGGAAGAAUGCCAAAAUAAAUUGCCAAAAGAUGUCAUUGCUGCAUGCCAUAACAGUAUUGACAGUGUCACAAUUUCUGGACCAGCAGCUUCAGUUGAAAAAGUUGUUAAAGAUCUUUCUGAUCAAGGAAUUUUCGCUAAAGCUGUAAAGUCAAGCGGAAUUGCUUUCCAUAGCAAGUACAUCUCAGAAGCAGCUCCAAAAUUGAAGAAAUCUUUGGACAAAAUCAUUCCAGCACCAAAAACAAGAUCAGAAAGAUGGCUCAGUUCAUCAAUUCCAGAAUCAUCAUGGAGCUCACCACUUGCUAAGCAAAGUUCAUCAGCAUAUCAUGUAAACAAUCUCCUUUCACCAGUCUUAUUCCAUUCUGCAUUACAAAAUGUACCGAGCAAUGCAAUCUGUAUUGAAAUAGCUCCACAUGGAUUAUUACAAGCAAUUUUAAAGCGCUCAUUGGGCAAUGAUUGUACAAAUAUCAGUUUAAUGAAGCGACAACACCCUGACAAUGUACAAUUUUUGUUAAGUAAUAUUGGAAAGCUUUAUAGCGCCGGUGCACAACCAGUGUUGGCAAAAUUAUAUCGUCCAAUUACUUAUCCCGUUGGUCGAUCAACACCCAUGUUGAAUUCUAAAAUUGGCUGGGAUCAUUCCCAAAAAUGGAUCAUUUUGGAUGUAAAUAAGGAAACUUCAGGAGAAACUGUCGUUGAGGUUAACUUGACCAAAGAGAAUGACACAUAUCUUGCAGGUCAUACUAUUGAUGGACGUGUUCUUUUCCCAGCUACAGGAUAUAUGACACUCGCAUGGAAAACAUUUGCAAAAAUGAAGGGAACUACUCAUGAUCGCUUGCCUGUUAUUCUUGAAAAUAUAGUUUUUCAUCGUGCUACAAUUUUACCAAAAGACGGUUCUGUCAAGUUUGGAUUGAAUUUCUUUGAUGGAACUGGUAAGUUUGAGAUUUGUGAAGGUGGAUCAUUAGCAAUGUCUGGUAUUAUUAGAGUUCCUGAAAAUAUUGAGUAUGAAGAAUUACCACUUGAUGCUAUUAAAUUUGACACAAAGUGUGGAUUACCUUUAGAACGAGGUGAUGUCUAUAAAGAAUUGAGACUUCGAGGAUAUGACUAUGGUGGAGUCUUUAGAGGCAUUAACAAGACCGAUUCAAAAGCAAAUGCUGGAGAACUUGAAUGGAUCAACAAUUGGGUCAGUUUCAUGGACACUAUGUUGCAAUUCUCAAUCAUGGGCAAGGAUUUACGUGAACUGUACUUGCCAACAAGAAUUGAAAGGAUUGUCUUGAAUCCAGAAAAGCAUCUCAAGAUGUUGGAAAAGACAAUAGAUCAUCUUCCAUGCUAUAUGUAUAAAGACAUCAAUGUCAUUAAAAGUGGCGGUGUUGAAAUGCGUGGCUUAAAAGCAUCACUAGCUCCAAGACGUCAAGGAUCUCAAGCUCCACCAAAGCUAGAAAAAUAUACAUUGAUUCCAAACAUAAAUCACCGUGAAAUUGGAGAAAAUUCACAUAAAUCAAAGCAUUACGCAAUUUCCAUCGCAACUCAUUUAGCCCUUGAAAAUAGCAGCGGUGCGUUGAAGCUUAAAGUUGUUGAAUAUCUCGACAAUCGCUUAGCAGAGUCAUCAAACUCACUUCUCAUUCAGAAUGUCAUUGAAAGUGAACCUACAUUAGUAAGUGAUGUCGCGAUUGUUACGUCACAAAAAUCAGACAGUUAUCAGAACUUUGUUGGUGAUUCUGGUGUUCGUAUAGUAAUGAAAGAUGCCUCAAAGGGACCUGUUGAACAAAAUUGUCAUUUGGCUAUUGGAUAUGAUUUGAUGAUUGUUGAAAAUGGAACAACUAUAAUGAAGAAUUUAAGAGACUCAGUCAAGGAGGAUGGAUUUGUUCUUAUUGAAGAGUCAUUAAAUGUCUACAACAGCACAAAGAACUCAACUAAGAAUCCAUUCAAUGCACUUAACUUGAUUGUCAUCACUGAGCAAGUUGUUGAAAAUCGUAUUUUUGUUCUGUUGAGACAAAAUGUUAAUAUUAAGGAACGCGAAAGUCGAGUUGUUUUCAUCACUGAAGCAAACUUCAAUUGGGUUGAGGAACUAAAAGAAUCUCUGAUUGAAUCCGAAACUGGAAGAUACACUUAUGUUGUAUGUCAAGGAGAAGAAUUCUUUGGAGCUGUAGGUCUUAUGAACUGUAUCAAAAAUGAAGCUGGUGGUAAACUUGUAAGGUUGUUCUUCAUCCAGGAUAAGAAUGUUAAGAAAUUUUCACUCACCGAGCCAGCAUUUGAUGAUCAACUUAGAAAAGAUUUAAUCCAAAAUGUUUAUAGAAAUGAAAAGUGGGGAAGUUAUAGACAUUUGAAACUAGAUGGCGCAUCAAGCGUUCCCACAUUGCCUGUUGAACAUGCAUACGUCAAUGCUUUGACUAAAGGAGAUCUCGCAUCAUUAAAAUGGAUUGAAGGUCCAUUAUCAUUAGAACGUCCAGAUUCAUCAGAUCAACGUGUUGAGCUAUGUACAGUUUACUAUGCUCCAAUCAAUUUCCGUGAUGUCAUGUUGAGUUCAGGAAAAUUGGCAGCUGAUGCAUUGCCUGGUGAUUUGGCACAGCAAGAUUGCAUUUUGGGAUUGGAAUUUUCUGGACGUGAUUCAAAUGGUAGAAGAAUAAUGGCUAUGGUGCAAGCUAAAUCUUUGGCAACAACAUGCGUGGCACAAAGAAAUAUGAUGUGGGAAAUUCCUGAUGAUUGGACAAUGGAGCAAGCAUCUACAGUUCCUUGUGUAUACUCUACAGUUUAUUAUGCAUUAGUCGUUCGAGGAAAAAUGAGGAAAGGCGAGAGCAUUUUGAUUCAUGCUGGUAGCGGUGGUGUUGGCCAAGCUGCAAUUUCUGUUGCUUUACAUGCUGGACUUACUGUUUUCACAACUGUUGGUAGUAAAGAGAAGCGUGAUUUCUUGAAGAAGACAUUCCCUAAGCUUACUGACAGUCACAUUGGAAAUUCUCGUGACUGCACAUUUGAGCAAAUGGUAAUGCGUGAAACAAAAGGCAGAGGUGUCGAUCUUGUUUUGAAUUCUUUGGCAGAAGAAAAAUUGCAAGCUUCAAUUCGCUGUCUUGGAUUGAAUGGAAGAUUCUUGGAAAUUGGAAAAUUCGACUUAAAUCAGAACUCACCAUUAGGAAUGUCAGUUUUCCUCAAAAAUACAUCAUUCCAUGGAAUUCUUCUCGAUUCAGUAAUGGAAGGAGAUGAUGAUAUGAUUAAUGAAGUCGUUGGACUUGUUGCCAGAGGUAUUAGAGAUGGUGCUGUUCGUCCCUUACCAACAAGUGUCUUUAAUGAUCAACAAAUUGAACAAGCCUUCAGAUUUAUGGCUUCGGGUAAACAUAUUGGAAAAGUAGUUAUUAAGGUUCGCGAGGAGGAAGUACAAAAAAUUGUUCAGCCUUCAAUUAAAACUAUCAAUGCUAUUUCACGCACUUAUAUGCACAAAGAAAAGUCUUACAUCUUGGUUGGUGGUCUUGGUGGGUUUGGUUUGGAGUUGGCAAAUUGGUUGGUUACGCGCGGUGCCAAGAAUAUUAUCCUCACAUCAAGAAGCGGUAUUAAAACUGGAUAUCAAUCAUUGAUGAUUCGUCGUUGGACUGAAAAGGGAGUUAAAGUUGUUAUUGACACAAAUGAUGUGACGACUCUUAAAGGAGCACAAAAGAUGCUUAAAGACGCUUCAAAAAUGGGUCCAGUAGGAGCAAUCUUCAAUUUAGCAGCUGUGCUACGUGAUGAUUUACUCGAAAAUCUUAAUGAAAAUGACUUCAAAACGGUUUGUCAGCCAAAAGUUGAUGGAACCAAACAUCUUGAUACAGCAUCUCGUGAAUAUUGUCCAGAACUUGAUUACUUCAUUUGCUUCUCAAGUGUGUCAUGCGGUCGUGGAAAUAUUGGACAAUCUAAUUAUGGAUUAGCUAAUUCAGCUAUGGAAAGAAUUUGUGAGGCUCGUCAACGCAUUGGCCUUCCUGGAACUGCCAUACAAUGGGGAGCCAUUGGUGAUACUGGAUUAGUUCUUGAAAAUCUGGGAGACAAUGACACAAUUAUUGGUGGAACUUUACCUCAAAGAAUGGUUUCAUGCUUACAAACUAUGGAUUUGUUUAUGCAACAGCCACAUGCUGUUUUGGCUUCGAUGGUUGUUGCUGAGAAAAGAAAGACUGAUGCAUCAAGUGGAAUGAGUUUAAUUUCAUGUAUAUCUAAUAUUUUGGGAUUGAAGGAUACAAAAAAUAUUAGUGACUCAUCAACACUUGCUGAUUUAGGAAUGGAUUCUCUUAUGGGAGCUGAAAUUAAGCAAACACUUGAACGAAACUUUGAUUUAGUUUUAAGUGCUCAGGAAAUAAGACAGCUCACAUUUGGAGCUAUAAAGGCUAUGGAAGCAGGAACUGGACCAUCAGAAGCUACAAGUCCCGAAGGUCGUGAUAAUCAGGAAUCAGAUAAGAAUGGACACACAUCACCUGUCUCACAAGAUAUGGGAGCUGUUGGAGAUGGAACUCAAGUUGCAUUUAGUGAGAACUUAAUGCCAACACAAUGCUUGCUAAAGAUGAAGUCAAAGAGUGGAAACAAUCCACCAAUUUUCUUGGUGCAUCCAAUUGAAGGUGUCGUAAAUGCUCUCAUUCCUCUUGCCGAGAAACUAAACAGACCAGUCUAUGGUCUUCAAUGUGUCUCAUAUGCACCACAAGAAUCUAUUCCAGAUCUUGCAGCUUAUUACGUAAAACAAAUUAGAAGUGUUCAAACAAUUGGACCUUACACUAUAGCUGGAUACUCAUUCGGUGGAUGUGUUGCCUUUGAAAUGAUUACUCAAAUUGAACGUGAUACAGGUGAAACAUGCAACUUAAUUAUGCUUGAUGGAUCUCCUCUGUAUGUCAGUUGGUAUACAGAAGCACAAAUGACAAGAAAUUCUGGUGGAAAAUCACCAACUGGACAUAAUAACUCAAGGGAUCAGGCUUAUGCAUUCGCAUACUUCGGUAUGGUGUGUGGAAAUCUUGAUUAUAAGUUGACUGCUAUGGAACUUGAGAAAUUGCCAUCAUACGAAGCACGUCUCAGCCGUGUUUCAGAAAUGAUUCAUCAAAAGACAAAUUAUCCAAUAGAUUUGGUUGCUGUAACUGCCAAGAGUUUCUUAAUGAAAUUAAUUGCUGCACACAAUUAUAAGCCAAUGAGUAAAAUCAAUGCAAACACGCUUCUUAUCAAGCCAACUGAAAAUUAUACAAAACUUGCGAAAGAUUAUGGAUUAAAUGAGCUUUGCACAAAACCAGUAAAAAUAGAAACAAUUCCUGGCAAUCACCGUACAAUGUUGACAGGAGAAUCUGUGGAAAAGAUCUCUAAACUCUUAGAGAAAUUAGUAUAGUAAUAUUAAGCCACAACAAAAUAUUUAAUCUGUAAAUAUUCUUAAGCAUUUAGAUAUUUUUAUAUGUAGCAAUUCCAUACAGCAAAUUGUUUGAAGAAAUUGAUGUGAUGUGCUGUAAAUAUUUAAGGUCCAUUUGUAGCACAUUCUUCCAUGUCUUGACAAUUUUGUUUUGAACAUUCCUGUUGAAAAUUGUAUAAUCUCUAUUAAUUGUAUGUAGGAUGUAUGAAUAAUAUUGGAUAUUUCUUUUUUAAAAUCAAAUGCUAAGUUAAGAAUGAAUUGGAAAUUUUAUAUUUAAAAUAUUUCAAAUUUCAUUCAAUUUGACCUGCAAGUUGACUAUUAAAGAUGAAAUCAGAAGAUAUUUACUGAAACUGAAGAUUAUGACAAAGAAAAAAAAGUUUUAAUUUCUGUGAUCAACGUUUAAAUUUUUAUUAACACUUUAAUCAAAUUGGUUACAAUAUUUAAUCUAGAUUAAUUUUUAAUCUAAAUUAGUCUUAACUUUUCGUUUGAUAUUAGGAAUGUGCAGAAAAUUAAAUAUUAAAGGAUUAUAAAGUGAAUUAAAUUAAAUUAUAUAAUUCAGCACGGUGUGGAUUUUAAAUGGAUUAAAAGACACUGCAGUCAAAAGAUAAAGCAAAAAAAACUGACGAUCAACAAGAAAGAAAUUUAUUUUUGACUGAGAAGGUCUGUAAGUCCAUGAAUAAAUCCGUUAAGAUUUGCACAGAUAUAUUAAAUGAAUAUCAAAAUUAAGUUAACACUGAAUGUAAUUAAAGGAAUAUAAAAAUCAAUAAAAUUAAUAAAAACCAAAACAAAGACUUUAAUUUCUUGUUUGUCAGGAACUAAAAAUAGGUUUUCAACUUAGUAAUCAAUUUCAAACUUGAUAAGAUUAAUAAACACGAGGAAAAAGAUUGAUUAAAUCUAUUUAAAAUUAAAAUUUUCUUAAUAUUGCUCAACAGUUUGGGUGAAUUAUUCGUACAAUGAAUUUUUCAAACUUCUGGUUUGAACUCAAUUUAAAUUAAUUAAGUAGCAUUGGUGUGUCUUAAGAGUUUUGAUACUUGUAAAGUUCUCAAUUCAAUCUAGAGAAAGGUUUAAAAAUUUUCAUUUUCUUAAAGAUUUGCGACUCACUGUUUGAGAAUCAAUAGCUUCAUCUAGUCAUAAAUUAAGUUUAUAGUAAAAUGAGCAAAAUAGAAUGAAUGAUCUUAAAUUAAACUGUUUCGAAUAAACAACAACAAAAAUUAAAAAUCCACAACACAAAAACUUUAAAAUAAAUCAAUUAAUGAAGGGGAUUUGCUUUAGAUAUGAGAUUAUUCUAUAAAGAGACUUGGAAACUUUUAAGCAUGAUUUAAAAAAAGUUAAAAUUAAUUUUACAAGUUUCAGAUACAUUUUAAUCAUUAUAGACACAAUAAUAAGUCCAAACAUGCUGAAAAUCUCCUUCACAAUCAAUUAAACCUUACUCAAAAGUUUCCAAAUUUCAAUUAAACAUUUCCAAGACUAUUGCUAAUCGAUUGACUCGUUCAUUUACUCAUUCUUAUCUCUCAGUAGUUUCUUCAUGUUCACAUGUAAAUGAUAAUGUUAAGCUGACUAAGUUACCAUUUAAGAUAUUUUCUAAGACAUGUGUAUUCUCGCCACCAGCAGAAUAAACAACAACUCUUCCAGCCUUUGGAUCUACAAUGUGAUUCUUCUUCUUUUUCUUCUCAAAUUCCACAAAAAUAAAUCGUCCACCAUGAAAGUUGCGCUUAUAAUUUGAUAGGAAAAUAACAACAGAAUAAUGAACAUUUUUCUGAAUUUCCUUAUCAUAAUGAUGACGAUGCAUCGAUUCAGAGUACUCGGUCGUAACAUUUGUAAUCUUCGAGAAAUAAGUUGGGCUAGUUAGGUAAAGUAAAUUGUGUGAUAUUUCAAAUCGUUGCGCAAUAUUCUCGAUAAUUU